AUGGACGAUCCGUGGGGCUCACCAUGGGCCACGACGGCUUCGGACAAGGAUCAAAAGCCGGCCUCGUCGUCUGCAAGGUCCGGUCUUGCCCCUCCGCCGCGUGCCUUCCUUUCGGCUUCCGGCUCGCCGCAGGUCCCUCCUAUCCUGGAACAGUCCCCUUGGGGAGGGAGCGAUGGUGGAUUCGGGGAUUGGGCGGCGGCUCCGGACGCGCCAGCAGCGCAAGCGGGCUGGGCGAGCGGAUGGGGUGCCUUGAGUUCAAGCCUGACGCCACCUACGCGUGACGACGUGUUUGGCAAGGCAAGCCCAAUCGCAUGGCCUGGAAAUGUUGCAGACCCGAGGCUGGCUAAUGGCUUCGGUUUUCGACAGCCGUCUCCGGACCCCUGGGCGAGCGGCUUUCCUUCCGGCAGAGGGUCAAUUGACGGUGCCUCGACCCCUCGUCUGAUGGUCGACCCUGCAUCGCCCGCUCACACGUCGCCUACGGUCACUCCGCAAGUUGAUGUUGAGAUGCAGACUGAACGAGUUUGGGAUAGGUCAGACUCGGACAAUACGGCGACUCCGGAAGAGACGGCUGCAGGGGUCGGUCCCCUGUCCUCGGAUUCGAUACCAGCCGUUAAUGGUCAAAAGAAAGAGGAAAACGGCACAAACCUUGACGUGGCAAGGUUGAGCGUUGAACUGGCGGCCCAGGACAAGGACUAUCCGUCGUCCACUGCAUCCAACGACAACACGGACCAAGAGGAAGAACGACAGGACUCGUCGAAUACGUCCAUCGAUGAUGAACGCAGCAUACAUCGACCGGAAUCCCGUAAGACUUCUGGGAAGGUUCAAGAGCUCGUCGUCAAGUUUGACAGGCUUGCUCGGGCGGCGAGCCAAGAGUGCCUCCCUAGCUUGCGGAACCGCAGUAAAAGCCCAUUAAGCUUGGGCGAACGAGACGCUUCAGACGAUGCGGGGGAAUUUGGUGACUUCGAGGAAGCUGGCCAGGAUGAACCAUCGACACUUGUCAACGCGCCAGAAGAAGCCCAGCCACGAGAGGAGUCACCGCCUCCCAAGGCGUCAGCUGUGUCAUCACCGAGUUCACCACGACGCUCAUCCCUUUCCGAGUCAACAAAUGCCAAGUUUUGCUUCCUGGAUUUUGUUGUGAACCUAGACGCAAUUGGAAAGCUAUUCGAGACAGCCUCGACGGGGGUACCAAACAUCCACAACGAUGUUAGCCCUGAAAUACCGGAUCAUAUCAUACGCGAUAGUUUUACUGAAAUAUCGGAGCGCAAAACCUGGUACCGCGUCUCCCGGAUAGGGUCAUCUCGCAGGCACAAUGCCGGAGACGACGAUUCGUACAGACGAGUAGCGUGGCCGUCGUCGAUCGUUCACGACGAAACCAUCAAAAUCGUGCGCCGAUGGAUGGAAGAAGAUUCCAUCGCAGGGCGUGUUGCCCUUGGAGGUGGGGUCUCGAAGACCCAGAAGAAUAUGUUUGGUUGGGACUCGAAUGCUGAGCCUGUUGCCUUGGAUGCCGUAUUCCGCAAGAAAGUAUGUGGCUCGAGAAGGCCAUCACACCAGUCUUCCCAUGUCGCCGGACGCCGCCCUGGAAGCUUUGACAAUCCCGUCGAAAAGACUUUGCAAGGCUCAAAGCAUGGCUCAUCGGGUAGUACGGGCCAACUUCCAGCAGUAUUCGCCUGGAGCGGCCCUGCUAUCCCUGAAAGCGUAACAAAUACAUCCGGCACCCCUGAGCCGCCAGUAUCGACGUCCGCUGUGCCCUCUAUGCCCCCGAUCCCUUCAAACCCCUUUGUCGAUAAAGUGAAAAACGACGAUAUAGACGAAGAGUGGGGUGAGAUAGUCUCUUCCCCGGCCGAGUUGCAACCAGCCGCGUCUCAGAUUCACAGCUCGAGCAGCGCACUCACAGUCGCACCCGUGCCAGCUCCACAACAAGCCAUCCGUCCGGCUCCUUCGACUACAGCUACGCCCGCACCCAUCAUUGCUCCCGAAGCAGCGAACCCUGGCGGAUCCGCAGACGAUGCAUGGGUUUCCGUUGACUUGUCGAUAUUCGAACCGGGCCCAGUUCAACCGUCUUCCAACGCUGGCGACUCCGCUAGGGCGCGCAAUUCGCUGGAGGCCUUGGCCAGCAAGCCCAUGCUCGCCUCUGUAUCAACAAUUCAAGCAGAUUCUUCCAUUUCAGGCACCAAGUCUUCGGUAUUGGACCAGCCAAAGCUGUCAUCGGUGGACGCAGCUUACCGCAACGACGACGAGGCAGCACGCCGCAUCCUCGCCAACCUGCCUGAUCUCUCCUACAUGCUUCGUUGAAUUGGUCUAUGCCGGGAACAAUGCACGCGAAGCAACACUACUCAUACUCGUAAACAUGGCGCUGUAAUGUAUGAAUGCGAUUAAGGAGGUUUGGUAUGUGUCUUUUCGAUGCAUAGCGCCGGCGUUACUUGUUUACAGUCAUGGAUAGGGGUUUCUUGGCAACGCAACAACAUUGUAUACACUUUUGGUUCACAC